GGACAAGUCUGAAUAUUUUAUGUGAACAAAUGAGCAGAACUGCCCUACUAUGCAAGUUUGGGACAGUAAACAUUCUUUCCCUUUUUCCCUGUCUCCCCAAGAGUCAUCCAGAGAACAGUCUAAAGGCCGAUCUGCCUGUGUCCACUUCAGCCCCAGUGAAGGCAAUGGUGGAAACAGAUAUCCAGGAGUCUCCUCUGUUGAGAAGUCCCGAGGUGAGACAGUUGGUGAGCCGCGGUGUGACAAGGGGAAAGGCUUCUGGAAGCAGCCUUCCUGUGUCAGGGUGGCUGGGCCUGAUGAGGAAGGAGAGGACCCCAGCUGGGCAGCUGCAAGCCUUCCACAGCAGGAUGGCCACCGGAAACCCAGCAGGCGGCAGGACACAGCACCCAAGGCCAAAUGUGCCUCCCAGAAAAGACGUGUUCAAGAGCUCCGAGGAGGAAGGCACUCCCCAGCUGGUUCCAGCCGGCCUGGCAGUGCCAAGGGGGAGGUGGUCCAUGCUGGGCAGAAUCCUCUCCACCAUCGAACACCAAGAAACAAAAUGACACAGGACAAGCUCACAGGAGGGAUCGACUCAGACUUGCCACAGAACACAGAGGUGUUGAGGUCAGGAGUCAGGAAGUUGGGAACAUCUGCCCUGUCUGAGGACACUCAGAUAUCCAAGGAAACUGAUCCAGCACCUGGUCCCCUCUCUGGACAGAGUGUGAAUAUUGACCUUCUCCCCGUAGAGCUGCGGCUGCAGAUAAUCCAUAAAGAAAGAAGUAGGAAAGAGCUGUUUCGCAAAAAGAACAAGGCAGCAGCGGUCAUCCAGCGGGCCUGGAGAAGUGAAUUCCAUGUGCUGGCACGACAAGUCCAAUUUUACUGAGCAUGCCCAAAAAAUUCACUCAUGUGUAGGUCUCUGUAAUUUACAUUGGAUAAGCUAUUUGGAAGAUGGUUUUGCCAAGAAAGUUAGGAAGCACCCAGGACAGCCUGAUGUAAAGGAAAAGAGCCUCAGUUUGUAACCAGGAAGCCUGAGUUUCAGGUGUCUGACAAGUUAACUGACCUUUGCAGAUCACGUGGCCUCCCUGACCUUCAGUUUUCUCAUCUGUAAAACAGGCUUUAGUAAUUGCUGUCCUGUCCUGUUUAGAGGGCAGGAUGCUAGAAUGAAAUCAUGUGUACUUUGUAAAUUCUUAAAGCACCACACAUGUAAGAUAUUUUAUUUU